AAAUGACUUUCUUGUGUUUCAGCUUCUUCUGUCAAUAUUUUUUUUCAAGAGCACUUUAAUAUUCACCCUAGCUGAAAUAGAUGCUCACAGAUUAUUAUUUCUACACAUUCAACAAUAUAAUUUUGAGUAUCUUGUCUUUGUCCUUUUGGUACAACACUUGACGUCUCCUCGCAUUGAGUCUAAUAUUUUUUCCACUAGGAACCAGUGAACCAUAGUGAAUGAGGCAGAAAAUGUGGCCGGGGCUCAAAUCGUCUUUGUAUUAAGCAGGCUUGCUGAUGUCUCAAUCAGAAAACAGUUACAUCAGUUUGGACAGACCAAUGCUGCUACUCUUCCAAAUUAUUGUGGCUUUCUUGAAAACCUACAAAGGAAACUUAGAUUCUUCAGGCAAAUUUUGGCUGGUAGAGAUUCUGGAUAACAGAUAAAACGAUUUGACCACCAUGAGUUGGAGUUUCUUGACUCGUCUGUUAGAGGAAAUCCACAAUCAUUCAACAUUUGUUGGCAAAAUCUGGCUGACGGUUUUGAUUGUCUUCCGGAUUGUCCUUACUGCUGUGGGAGGGGAAUCCAUCUAUUAUGAUGAACAAAGCAAGUUUGUGUGCAACACGGAACAACCAGGAUGUGAGAAUGUUUGCUAUGAUGCUUUUGCUCCCCUUUCGCAUGUGAGAUUUUGGGUGUUUCAGAUCAUUCUUGUCGCCACUCCAUCGGUGAUGUAUUUAGGCUAUGCCAUUCAUAAAAUUGCCAGAAUGGUGGAACAUAACGAACCUGACAAAAGAACCAGGAGCAAAACCUUUUCAAUGCGCUGGAAACAACACCGUGGCUUGGAGGAGACAGAGGAUGACCACGAAGAAGAUCCAAUGAUGUACCCAGAAAUAGAGCUAGAAAGUGAGCGGGAGAACAAGGAGCAGCCAGCCCUCACUAAAGCAAAACACGAUGGCAGGCGGCGAAUUCGAGAGGAUGGGCUCAUGAAAAUCUAUGUGCUGCAGCUGCUGUCUAGGACUAUGUUCGAAGUUGGCUUUCUUGUUGGUCAAUAUUUUUUGUAUGGGUUCGAAGUCAGCCCCACAUUUGUGUGUAGCAGGAAACCAUGCCCACACAAGAUAGAUUGUUUCAUUUCAAGGCCUACUGAAAAGACCAUUUUCCUUUUAAUAAUGUAUGGGGUAAGCUGCCUUUGUUUACUUUUGAAUGUCUGGGAGAUGCUCCAUUUGGGAUUUGGUACAAUCCGAGACACCUUAAACAGUAAAAGAAAAGAGCUGGAAGACUCUGGUACUUAUAACUACCCUUUUACUUGGAAUACUCCGUCUGCUCCUCCUGGCUAUAACAUUGCAGUCAAGCCAGAUCAAAUCCAGUAUACUGAAUUAUCCAAUGCCAAAAUGGCCUACAAGCAAAAUAAGGCUAAUAUCGCUCAGGAACAGCAGUACGGGAGCAACGAAGAAAACAUUCCGGCCGACCUAGAAAACCUGCAGAGGGAGAUUAAAGUGGCUCAGGAACGUCUGGACCUUGCAAUCCAGGCCUAUAAUAACCAGAACAAUCCCAGCAGUUCCAGAGAGAAGAAAUCCAAAGCAGGCUCAAACAAAAGUAGUGCCAGUAGCAAAUCGGGGGAUGGCAAGACCUCUGUGUGGAUUUAAUGUUCGCUGAACUUGUACUUUUUUUCUUAGUUAAUGAUAACCAGCAAUUCACUGAAUAAUUACUUUCAUUAAGUAAACAUUUGACUCUGUUUAUCUUCAGGGAUACUGUCGGCUAGCGAUCCAAGCUCUCCAAAAGUUUAUGCACAUGCCCUAGAGUUACAGAAUUUUAUUCUUGUGUCUUCCAGGUCAGGAGAAGAACAGGUAUAUUUAAAUCAUUCUUGUUGAACGGUUUACACUGUAUGUACAGUAUUAUGGUGCAUUUAUUAUGCACAAUUUUUUGUAUUUGUACGUUGGACCUCUGCGGUUAUACUUUUUAUAUUAAAAAAAAGAAAACAAUACAGAUAGUGCUUAGCAUUUUGCUAGUUCUAUUACUGUGGUCAACAGACUUAUUUUUCUCUUUUUUGUUUUAAAUGUGAAGCUGUCUGUGCUGCAUUUCAGAAGUGCCUUGUACAUGCGCACAAGACAGAGGAUACUUCAGUUACCUAGGGAGCCUAUUUAGUGUUGACUGCUUAUCAGCAGAGCAGUCAAGGGUUUGGAGAAUAUUUAAUGGUGCCACUGGUUACAUCUUUAUACAGUUAUGUGCAGCUCACAAAAUGGAAGUGUCAUAUACUAACCAGAAGGUGCCAGAAUGUUCCACCCUGUGGUUUAAAUUAUUUAGACAAACAUAUGCAGGUUGGAAGGCAUCAGUUCAAAGCAAGAAUGCCAUACAUAAUUGGGGCAGGCAGGGUUUUGUAAGCUUUAUCCAACAGGGGAAAGAGAAACUUAGAACUACUAUAAAAUGUUCUAAAAAAAAAUAUGGGUAGAAAUUACUGUGUAUUCAAUAAUUCCAUGACAUUUAUGUGAAAUCCAUGAUAAGGUAUUUGUUUCGUAAGGUCUUAUUAUAACACAAAAACCAAUGAGGCUAUAAAUUGUUACAGUAACUUCUGGAUAA